UGCCUGUAACGCACGAAAGUGCAAGAGUGCGAAUAACUACAUCAUCUUUUUGGUUCUGAGACAAGAACGCGACCGGAAAACUACCACCACGCGAAAUAUCGCAGUCCUUUUCCUCACACAAGCGCGGCACAAAUUGCGAUAAAGGCUAACAUCAGAAGGAGUGGUUCCAUUCUAGAAGAUCAGCUAGCACCUAGUCCCAGGAGCUCACAAUGGAUCAGCCUAGCUCCCCUGCUAGGCCUACUAUCGAACAAUUACGACAUGUUGUCAACAACUAUCCCCUCAUCGAUAACCACGCACACAAUCUCAUCCUGCCUCACCAAGCAGAUACGAUACCUUUCGAGACCAUAACUACGGAAGCCCAAGGAAGAGCUCUAAGAGACACGUUCAAAUCCCUUCCUCAUUUGCGAGCAGCUAGACAGCUAGGCCAACUUUACGAAUGCGGCCAAGACGCAGAUUGGGAGGACAUUCUGGAACAGAGGGUUGAAUGGGUUCGAAGCAAUUCCGAGCGUCUACAUCAGCGAUGCUUCGAGAACGUACACGCGUUACUCAUCGAUGACGGACUUGCCGGACCAGAAAAGGUCUUUCCCUACAAUUAUCAUGAUCGUUAUACCAAGGCACCCAGUAAGCGCAUUGUACGUAUUGAGACAGUCGCUGAGCGCUUGAUGGAGAACCUUGUUCAGGACGCAUCAGAAGACGACCUGGGGAAGACCAAGUUCCUACCACAGACCUGGACAAACUUCACUGAGGACUUCGAGCGCGAGAUUCAAGAGGCCGUUGAGGACGACAACGUCGCUGGGUUCAAAUCUGUCAUUUGUUACCGAACAGGGCUCGACAUUGAGCCAGAAUAUGAGGAAGCUGCAAAAACUGUUGGGCACCCUUUCGAACGCUACGUUAAGAGCUGCAUUCGCAAACGCAAUUACCGUAUUGAGAAGAAGCACCUGAAUGACUAUCUCGUUUUGCGUACCCUGGAGAUAUUGUCGGAGCGACUACCUCAUUCUGAUUCCCUUGCGAAGCCAUUUCAGCUACAUACUGGUCUUGGAGAUAAUGACAUUAGCCUUCUUGAGUCCAACCCUGCUUUCCUCCAGCCAUUGAUUGAAAACUACCCACAGGUACCAUUUGUACUUCUUCAUUCUGCCUAUCCGUAUACGCGCGAAGCCGGCUACCUCGCAACUGUAUAUCGACACGUGUACCUUGAUAUUGGCGAAGUCUUCCCAAUGGUCAGUAGGGAUGGCCAGAAAGCGAUUCUACGACAAUCCAUGGAACUUGUCCCGGCCAGUAAACUCUUGUAUUCCUCGGAUGGGCACUGGUUUCCAGAGACCUAUUGGCUUGCCAAUAAACAGUUCCGCGAAGUCUGGCUCGAUCUACUCGUAGAGUACAUCCAGAAAGGCGACCUAACACCGCAUCAAGCGAUUGGCAUGACGAAAGACAUCAUGUUCAACAAUUCCAAUGUGCUAUACGACUUACGCUAUGAGGCUUUCUUCGAUGAAACAGUACAAGCAGAUCCAAAGCAGCUCACAUACAACCCGAAGCCAGUCGAAGCUUCGCCUUAUCAGUCUCCAGCAGUAACACCAAUACCCACCAUGGGCUUUCCCAACCGGUCCUCAGCUUCCAAUGCGCAAGCUACUCGAUCAGUCUCUCCGUACACACAGCCAGCUUUCCCUCCACCGCCAAAGGCACCGCAAGUCUACGAUAUUCAGCUGUUUGACGAUUUCAAGGAGAAGAAUCCCACAGUGAAGUUCAUUUACGUACAAUGGCUUGAUUACAUGGCCACAAUCCGUAGCCGCAUAGUUCCCAUCAAGGAGUUUACUCGCAUGAUAACCGAAGGGGAACGUAUCGGUAUAUCCCAGGGAAACAUGGGCACCCUUCAAAAUGACCACAUAACGCCCGUCACAAAUACGACGGGCCAGAUAUACGUCGAGCCGGACUUACGUUCUCUCCGCAGAACGCACAACAAAGAUCCGCUACCCGCUGCAACAGUACUCAGUUACUGGCGCACGGAAAAUGGUUCUGCGCUUCCAGAAGACCCGCGGAACAACCUUGAGACGCUUAUCAAUGACCUCCAAUACAACUACGCCACAACACUUCUUAUCGGGUUUGAAAUUGAAGUCACGUUUCUUUCCCGAAACCCCCCUUCGGCAUCAACCAACCCUUUCGAAGCUGAGCCCUACUCACCCCUGACAAAAACCCACGCAUGGGGCACACUAACACCAGAACAGUGGCUUCAGCUUCCCUUCCUUAGCGAAAUCGUUCUGGCACUUGAGGACAUGGGUAUUGAGGUCCAGCAAUUCCAUGCCGAAUCAGGACCGGGACAGUAUGAAUUCGUACUUCCGCCCCAUCCUCCUCUCCUUGCAAUUGACACGCUUCUCCAGGCCAGACAGGUCAUCGCUCAGAUAGCUAGUCUGCAUGGGCUACGUGCGACGCUUCAUCCCAAGCCCUUUGAAGGCAUUGGUACGGCGGCUCAUGCGCACAUCAGCUUGCACCCACCAGAGCGUGAUAUGCAGUUUUUCGUUGGAGGUGUCUUGAAGCACUUGCCUGCCAUCUGUGCGUUUAGCAUGCCCGAGGAAAUCAGUUACGAACGCGUAACGGAAAACUCUUGGACAGGCGGAGCAUGGCAUGGGGGACCCAAAACCGUGAAACGCCACUCCGACGCAUAUCUCCAGGUCAUUGGGAGCUUCGCUGUCUUGACGGAUUUGCAAACAUGUACUUUGCUCUUUCUGCUGUUCUCGCCGCUGGUCUACUCGGUCUCGCUGCGAACGAACCUUCUUUCCCGGAACAAGACAUCCAAGUUAACCCUUCGACCAUGGACGAGCAGAUGCGGGCUGAGUUUGGUGUAAUGAGAAGGUUGCCGAGAAGCAUGCAAGAAGCUGUCACAUCGCUGAGAGCGGAUAUGCCACUUAACGAGGCUUUGGAUCCCGCAUUUUUGAAGGCAUAUCUAUAUAUGAAGGGCGAGGAAGCAAAGAUGUUGGGGGAUAUGGGCGAUGGCGAGCGGAGAGUGUUUCUGGUGGAAAGGUAUUGAUGGCUUCUCGCAUCAAACACAUACGCGUGUCAGCAACCAAACGGUGUGGUAGCAGUUAAUAUCAAAGUGUAAAUGUUUCUUUAAUCUGAUAUCUAAUGUGACAGCGUGAUGUGCGAAUGGUCUGGUUUUCAAGAGUC